AAAUAUUGUCACAUGGUAAGAAGUCCCGGAAAUAAUUUGUCUGUCAAAUCCGGCGAAGAUGAUAACAGUAGUAGGUUGGUGUAAGAACACAACAGUUUACAACAGAUAUCCCCUUCAUUCUCGAUCGGGAAACGGUUCGGUUACGUACCGCAAAUUUCUUUCUCUUGUAACGAGCAAUGUAGGCUGAUGAAACGGAACAGACGGCAAAAACUUCGUAAAACUACACAUUAUUCUACAUGGACAAAGACAAGUUCGCUGUGAACCAUGACCCAUGCUCCUGGUUGGAGAUGCACCAGUUCAUUGGAGACCUGAUGGUGUCUGGGGGGGCUCUGGGGCUAAAAGACGCCCCACCAGCAGGCCCAGGCUCAGCCCCAGGCUCAGCCCAGCCCAGACAGGUCCAGGCCCAGGCAGAGAGCAUUAGAGAGGCCAGAGACAUCAGUGGACAAACUCAGCACCAUACCUGCACUUGCCCUGGCUGCCCCUACUCUUCCUCAUCUUCCUCCUUCCAGACCAUAAAGCCCAGCAGCACCUACAGCCCAGAGCUCAGUCAGCCCCAGAGUCAGGCCAAGGAGACCAGCACCCAGAGCCCAGCCCCUACCACUUCCACUACCCAGGGUACUUCUUCACCAAGCCCCCUGCCUCAAAUCCCCACCUUCCCUUGUAUCUGCUGCCGCCGGGGCUUCCAGACCUGCACCCAGCUACUGCACCACCAACAGGGGGCAGCAGACUUUCCCUUCUCCCAGACACACACCUACUACCACCACCACUGCCCCCUUACCAUCUGCCUGCCCCACCACCACUCCCACCCUGGCCUGUCCCCUGGCACCUUCCCCUGCCUGUCGUGCCAGCAUUCCUUCCCCUCCUGCUCCCAGCUCUUCCACGAGCAUCAGGGCCAUACCCCCCCCCAGAACCAUGUUGGAGGGGUGACCAUAGUGUCACCUACCCUACACCCAUGCAUGCACUGUCCAGCCUCCUUCCCCCGACCCUCUCAGCUGCUACAGCACCAGCGCACCCAGCACGCUCACAAGGCUGGCGGCUUCCUGUGCACCGAGUGCGGGCGCGCCUUCAACUCCCACUCCAACCUCCGCAUCCACUUCAACGUACACACCGGCGCCCGGCCCUACUCAUGCCCUGACUGCGGCAAGAGUUUCAGCCAGUCGGGAGCGUUGAAGAUCCACCGUCGCAUCCACACUGGGGAGAGACCCUAUACCUGCACCUACUGUGGGAGGGGCUUCCCCCACCUGGCCGGGGUCCGGGCCCACCAAAGGACCCACACAGGUGAGAAGCCCUACCGCUGCACCCAGUGUGAGAAGUGCUUCACCCAGUCGGGGGCACUGAAGAUCCACACAAGGAUCCACACCGGGGAACGACCGUUUGUGUGCAGCCUCUGUGGGAAGGGCUUCUCCAACCGCUCCGGCAUCCGCUUCCACCAGCGCACUGUCCAUGGGAUGGUGUCGGAUAUGGGAGGGGGUGGAGGAGCCGGUGGGUCCCAUAGGGGGAGACAGAGUCUAGGCAGCUCAGCUGCUGUGGGACGCCCCAGUGCCAAUCCAAACAGGUUACACAACAACCCCCAUACUGAUGUGACCUCCAGCAUUACUCCUGCCCCGACCAAAAUCCUUUCCCCUAGGUCUCUCCUUGCUCCUCCAGGGUCAGGUCUGACUAUAACCUCAGACAAAGAGCUCCAGUUCCAGUCUAGCAGUGUGAAGAUCCCCUCCAGGAGAGCAGAACCAGGCAGUAGCAGGGAAGGGAGGGCUCAGCUGUACACCUGUGAGGACUGUGGGCUGCUUUUUGGGGACGCUCCCUCCAGAAACCGACACCAAACUGUAGUUCACUACUCUACAGAAGGGGUAGAGGAGGAGGGCCUGGGGGACACUGGGGGGGAGGGGUGAGAGAGAUGGUAGAUGGAAGCUUGAUGCAGUACAUCGUUGGAUCAAAGGCUAAGAGAGAGGUGGGUGAAAAUGGAAAGGUGAGAAGAGGUAGAAAGCUUGAGACUCAUCGAGGAAAAAUAAUAUGUAAAUGCAAGGUGGUGAAGGGAGGUGAGAAGAAAGUUAAUUCCACAGUGAACAACAAACUCUAUCAAUGGGAUAUAAUUACUUAUUUGAGAUUGAAUUUCCACUUUAAAAGAUGCACUAAUUUUCACAUUUUGGGAGUCCAAUUUUCUGUUUGUCAAAAAGCCAAGUACCAUGAUUAGGCUACUAAAGAUGAUUAUUUGAGAGCUUUUGAUUAUUUUUGUAUUUAUUUUACUGGUUUGGCAAAAUCCACAGAUAGCAUCAUCUCAAAUGUAUGACACUGUAAGACAUUAUCCCAUAGGGCAGCGCACAAUUGGCGCAAUGUCGUCCGGGUUAGGGGAGGGUUUGGCCGGGAAGGCUGUCAUUGUAAAUAAGAAUUCUUAACUGACUUGCCUAGUUAAAUAAAAAGUAAGUGAAGAGGUGAAGAUAUGUUGUAUUUAGCAUCAAUAUGUAAUUUAGAUUUUGUAAUAAUAGAAUCUGAUAUUGUAGGCCCGUAUAAACUUGUGUAUAUCAGUUCAUCUAUUUAUUUAGCUCAUUGUGCCUUUGAUCUAAGAUUAGAUCAUUCAUGUACAUACAAAAUACAUAUUUCCAUAAACCACACUGUACUAAACUUCAUAACCACUGAUAUGUUAAAGUGGUUUAGUGAUUUUGUUCAGGAUCAAUAUCUUCACUGUUGGAAGAUAUUUCUUAUACAAAGUAUAUUUUUAUCAGGAUCAUUUCUCAGAGACACAUGGUUUGUUGACCUGUUUUCUAUUGUUUCAGAUCUCCACCUAGUGGACAUUUAGAAGCAUAGCAGCAGAAACACAGGCACUGAAACUAGUCUGUCUAAGCUUCAGGUGUCAAACUCAUUCCACGGAGGUCCGAGUGUCUGCGGGUUUUUGCUGCUCCCUUGUCCUUGAUUUAUGAAUUGUGGUCACUAAUUGGUAAGGAACUUCCCACACAUGGUUAUUUCAGGUUUAAUUGAAAGGAAAAACCAAAAACCUGCAGACACUAGGCCCUCCAUGGAAUGAUUUUGACACCCCUUCUCUAGAUCAGUGGUUUCCAAUCAGUGGUACUAGGACCCAUGGGAGUACUUGGCCUAUCCACAGGGGGUACUUGAGAAGACUCAUGAGAUCAUAGGCCUACUGGUAAAAUGCACAUGACGGAGGACGGCUCAUUAUAAUGGCUGGGAUGAAGUAAAUGGAAUGGCAUCAAACGCAUGAAAAUAAUUUGUUUGAUGUAUUUGAUACUAUUCCACUCCAGCCAUUAUCAUGAGCGUAUCCUCCCAAAUGAAGGUGCCACCAACCUCCUGUGCUUCAGGGGUAGUCUGGGCAGAGCACAAUUCAGGUGGGGGUCCAGUUACUGAAAAGGGUUGGGAAACACAGAUCUACACAUCUGUGUUUCCUCCCACCAUGUUCAAAUGCUACUGUUGCCUAGGGUCUUUCUUUUCAGACACUGAAACUAUUGAAACUUCUCUUUGGCCAACUUCCCUUCUUUGUUAUUCUGUAGCCUCUAGGGUUCAAAAGGCUGAUUGAGGACCUUUUUACUGGAGAUUGUGUUGGUUUUCUAUUUUCUAUGAUUGUGUAUUGAUGUGAAUAUUUGUGUAUAUUGAUGUAUAUAGUUUAUGUAUACAUCUGUAAAAGAGACCAUGGUGUCAGCAUGACUCCCUGUCAAAAUAUAUUUUAUA